AUGACGUCCAUCGUUUCUAAAGAUGUUGGAAUAAUUGAAGCUGGGAAAGAAAGCAGAACACGCGAUCUAAACCGAUCGAAGAUCGCCCAGGAGCAAGGAUUACGGAGUGGAAGCGGUCAUAGAAGCUGGUUGAGGCGAGAGCUGAUGGAAAAGUGGGUCGAUUGGCAGGACAAUAAACCGAUAGGUCCCUGCAUUGUUUCCAAGCCACGUGGUGGUAACUACACCGCGAGAUGCCAGUGCGUCAGUCGUGGCUGCAUAUCGAUCCCCUGAAACCAAAGGACGAAGGGGAAAAGCAACGUAACUCCAAUGUAUUACGGUCCACCUCGCGUGAACGAAGCCACAGAAAUAUGUCGUUACCACGAGAAUGGAGCCUGCAGGAUUCGGUUGAACGUGACGCUGUCGCCUGUGCGACAGCGUCGCAGGAGAUGGUCGGUACCACUGUCAUCGACGAGAAUAUGAAUCAACAGAAUCAACUAGGCUCCCUUUUGUCGAUCCACUCAGCGCCCGUUUUCGAUCUGAGCACAGGUAUACCUUCACCAAAAAGACCAGCUUCAUUGGCCGUUCAAGCAACAGCAACAUCAACGCCGAUCGUACCACCGCAUCUUCAAAGUCCAGACACAAUCGAGGACGAAGAUAACGACAAUCUUCUGACCAUAUCGAGCCUUACGGCCAGGCCGUUGAUUGCCAAAUCUCGUGAACUCCGAUCGACAAAAACUUCCAUUACUAAGAGGAAGAAACCUAAGAGAUGCGAAACGAAAAAAUCGAGGAACAUCAAGUACGUUCCAUUAGACGGCGGUUAUGGCUGGGUGAUCGUAUGCGGAGCGUUUUUCGUUCAAUUCUGGGUGACUGGACUGAUGAAGUCUUACGGGGUGCUAUACGUUGAGGUGAUGGAAACAUUCAAAGAUUCUUCAGCCUCGGUCGCCUCUUGGAUACCUGCUAUUUUAUCUUGUCUUUGUCUCGCCCUUGGCAUUGGGAGUGGUCUGUCGACAACACCAGGUAUCAUCCUCGUCUCCCAAUACUUUGACAAACAUCGUGCACUGGCAAAUGGAAUAUGCGUGUCCGGUACAGCAGCUGGCAGUUUCGUGUUUCCGCUUCUGAUUAAGGUUCUGGUGGACAAUUUUGGUUUCCACGGUACCAUCCUUCUGCUUGGUGGUUGCAUGCUUCAUGUGUGCGUCAGCGCGACACUGUACCGGCCAUUGGAGAACAACUAUGCGCCGGAAGAGACAGACAUGCAAGAGAAGAAAGAAAAGGUCGAGAGCACGCCAAAGGAAUUAGAAACGGCGAAACAACAAAAGUUAGACUUACUGUUCGCCAAUGACUCGACUACGAAGCAUAAUCUGUUGAACGAAUUGUUCCAUCAGAGCAACGUGGUGGCGGUCGAGUUGACAGACAGUGACGAGGAGAAAGACGUGAUGGGUGAGGGUCUCCAGAUGAAACCAAUCUCGAAGAUACGAAGUUCGAGUAUAUUGCACAGUGUUGAGGAUCUAUCGACUGAUUCCACAUGCGUGUACAAAGCCAGAUCAUCGUUAAGAUCCUUGAGAUCGUCGGUCACGGCGAUGUGCCCAGUUCCUCAGAAUGAGCUACAACUGCCGGAAGAGAAGAAAACAGUGAUGCAAAGGAUAGCGCAAUACAUCGAUCUAUCUCUAUUGAAAAAUCCUCAAUUCAUCAUGAUGUGCUUUUCCGUUAGUCUUAUGUCCACCGGUAGUCCAUAUAUGCUCUAUUAUCUUCCGGCAUACGUGCACGCUGCUGGUUACACGAAAUCGGAAGCUGGAUACCUGGUGGCUAUUUCCGCCGUGUUUGACUUGUGCGGAAGAUUAGGGCUCGGUUGGCUUUCGGAUUUGAAGCUUUUCGAUCGGCGGAAAGGAUACAUCGGAAGGUUGUCUCUCUUGAACAGUGUUAUGGGUGCUGGUAUAGCAGUACUGGUAAUUCCAAUGGCCCAUUCUUUCUACGUACUGGCAUGUUCUGUAGGCAUGUACGGAUUAUGUUUGGGCUGUUGGUUUCUUUUGGUUCCCGUCCUUCUCGCAGACCAAUACGGAACUGACAAAAUAUCUUCUACUUAUGGUCUUGUAAGAAUGUUCCAGAGCGUCGGAGCAAUUUCUAUCCCACCUUUAGCAGGUUAUCUGCGCGAUGUAACCGGAAGUUACUCCGUAUGUUUUCUAUGUAUGGGCACAUGCAUGGUCAUGGGAGGUCUACCUCUACUCCUGGUUUUUAACGAAGUAUCGAAACCAUCGAAGAUAACUGUUAAUAAAGAGAACAGUAAUUGUCAAGGAGAGGUGAUUGCAAAAGAAUAAAGAUAUUUUGCGAAUGUGAUUGAAUGUGUAAUAGAAAUCUAAUAAAUCACAACAUUUGUCGCUACAAUUAUUCUACCAUGAUGUAUUGCUUGGUUCAAUGUAUUCGAAACGUUUACAUAAAAUACCUCGUUCGCGGCAGGUAAGGGUAAUUUUCGUAAGUU